UGACGCUGCUGCGUGUAUAUCUCGCUGGCUGCAGCCUUUCAGGGACACCUCUCGCCGGAGCCCACAGUGCAAUAAAUAUGGCAGCAGAGCUUUCCACCUCCAUCAACAUCAAGGAGCCCCGGUGGGACCAAAGCACAUUUGUGGGUCGGGCUAAACACUUCUUCACUGUCACAGACCCCAGGAACAUCCUCCUCUCCAAUGAACAACUAGAACACUCGCACAAAAUCAUCACCGACUACAGGCAAGGUGUGGUGUCUCCGGGGCUGACCGAGGAUGAACUGUGGAGAGCCAAGUACGUCUUCGACUCGGCAUUUCACCCCGACACCGGGGAGAAGAUGAUCCUGAUUGGCCGCAUGUCAGCACAGGUUCCCAUGAACAUGACGAUCACUGGAUGCAUGAUGACAUUUUACAAGACCACUCCAGCUGUGGUGCUCUGGCAGUGGAUCAAUCAGUCUUUUAACGCAAUAGUCAAUUAUACGAACAGGAGCGGCGAUGCUCCAAUCACAGUCAGUCAGCUUGGCACAGCUUAUGUGUCUGCCACCACAGGGGCAGUUGCCACCGCUCUAGGACUAAAUGCACUAACAAAGCAUAUCUCACCUCUGUUUGGACGGUUUGUUCCAUUCGCUGCUGUUGCCGCUGCUAACUGUAUCAACAUCCCUCUGAUGAGACAAAGAGAACUCAAGCACGGCAUUCCCAUAACGGACGAGAACGACAACAGGCUAGGAGAGUCCACGCAAGCUGCACAGCAGGCCAUCUCUCAGGUCGUGGUCUCCAGAAUCCUCAUGGCUUCUCCAGGAAUGGCCAUUCCUCCAUUUUUAAUGAACCACUUGGAGAAGAAGGCCUUCCUGAAGAAGUUCCCAUGGAUGAGUGCACCCAUUCAAGUCGGCCUGGUGGGAUUCUGCCUGGUGUUUGCCACUCCACUCUGCUGUGCGUUGUUCCCACAGAAGAGCUCCAUGUCGGUCAGCCGCCUGGAGCCUGAGCUGCAGGAGAAGAUCCGGGCCAGCCACCCGGGCGUGGAGAGGGUCUACUUCAACAAAGGUCUAUGAGUGUGCGGCCCACUCAACCAAACACUGCCAUAGCACAGCUGCAGGCUCGGUCCUCGCCUCUCUGCCAGCCCUCCUCAUUCAGUGUGCCAAAGUUCAGUUUGUGUCUCCUCAUUUCCACCACUCAGAUGGAUAUUUCUGAGGACUCCCUCUCUCGGUCAGUCACUUUGUAACGAUCUCCUGUCAGUGUGAUUUUUAUUGUAAACGCUAGAGAAGAUCUUCUCCGACUGGGGCCAGAAGAAAAAGUAUAAUGUGUUUCAAGACAGAUUUAUAUGAUAGUUUUAAGUGUACUUUUUAUUUCAGUGCAUUAUUUUUUUUUAAGUCGGUAACUUGUUGAUCGUAUGUUGCCACCAAAUCACUUUCAUACUCUCCUACCUAAGGUUGGCAGGCGGUUUAUUUCUUACCUGCAUCACAGUUGAUCGUAAACAGUUCAUGCAUUUGCCAAAUGAGUUCUUUGAUUUUUAAAACAAAUCUCUGUCAAUGAAUACAACCUCUGUGUCGUGACAGUGUCGUUUCAAAGAAUGAAAUUCACUGUAACUCACUUUAAAUCACCUCAUUUUGCCAAAUGAGUGACGUUCAACAUCUAAUCCAUGAAUCUAAAAAUACUAUUCUCCAGGGAACCAACCAAUAAAAUGUGACGCUAUGAUGGUGGCAACCAUGUAGGGACUAACACGGUGCUAUUCAAGGUCUUAAUAAUCAGUGUUAAUCGUACUACCUAUUCUGCUUGUUAAACUCGCAUGAACAAACCACUCCGCACACGAGCAUGGGGGGGAUAUAACCAUGGAUUCUCUAAAAAACAACACGUGUCUGUGUUUAUGCAGUCGCUCUGAGGCUCCGUUCAGGAGAGCCGAGCGGUGACGACCAGCAUCGCUACUGACAACAACUCAAUAAAACAUGCUCUCGUUUCCAUAAUCCAUGCUUUCCAGAAUUUAAUCAGGAAUUACUGAUCACAGACAGUUAAGGAUCCCACUAAGAUUGAUCAUGUCAUUCAUGCUUUACUCAGACUUGUAAGGUAUCUCUCUGCUGAAGCCUAAUGCAGCAUCCUGAGAGGUUUCAUCGCACAAUAUGGCCCAUUUUAGAUUGAUGUGACAAUUUGUUUUAAGUUGUUGUUGUUGUUGUUGUGCAUUUAUAUGUACAUUUGUCCUCCUAUGUUAGAUAUGGAUUACAGUAUUGGGAAAUACUGGGGAUAGUUUAUUCUCAUUGUAGUAUUUUUGAAGAGGAAAAUGGUACAGAGAAGGAUCCACAUGAAAUUUCUUUCUCGUGAUAUUUAAAUUUACUCGUUUUAAUCCUGUGAAACAUGAGGCCGAAUCGCUCUGGUCUUGUUCUGGCGAGUGUGAGGAGCGUGGAAUCCCUCCGCUAAAACCUUCAUCGACCACCUCCUGCUUUGUGUUUCAUGAUGUUUUGCUCAGAGUGAGAAAUCCGUACCUUGGCUGCAGUAGUCAGUACUCACAUGAUAUUGUCAGUCAGGUAAACAGUGUUGUAUCAGCCAGAGUACCAGAUUGCAAUUCAUCCCUAAAGGCUGCCAUCCCUAAAGCUGGAGGCAGUUCUGUGCCGCAUUAACAGCUCCUGUAUCCCACCACGCAACUUAAUCUGUAGGCCUGUUUCAUGUCAGCGAACCAGUUUUAUUACUAGACCUUUUUAAAAUCAGGGAUGAGGCUGAAAAAGAUGGACUGAAGCCACAAAACGUAAAUCUUUAACUUUAAAUGAUUUUUAGCUGUGACUCUAUAGGACCCAGUGUAUGUUGAAAUCAUUUGGUCCAUUCAAUGCAAACGUUUCCGUGUCAAAUUGGAAAUCAUCCACUGCUUGUGAAAAUUGAUUUGAUUUGAUUGCAUCUUUUGCUCAUUACAGUGUGUGAUUUCCAUAAGGUGUUAAAUGUUUAAUAUACUGUAAAUCUACUUAUAUAUAAAUAUAUAUAUAUUAUAUAUUGCUGUAAAAGUAACUUUCAGAUGGUCAGUGUUUCCAGAGAGAUACGUUGGAGUCGGAGCUGUUCCCUGUAGCUGGUUUGUUAUUCUAGUGUUCAAGGUAACUGAAUGUAGCGUUUUUUCAAUUUGCAGCUGUUUUAUGGUGCGUUAAGUCAAGCAAAGCACAAUAUUCUAACAGAUUUAAAAUGCUGUACAUUUUUAAAAGUUACUGAACCUGUUCAGUUUCCUGACUGCAAUGCUUUUCAAUGAUCCAUGAUGGAGUAAGAGAAGAUGAAUAACACUAAAUUUACCCUUUGGUUUAUGUGAUUUCUGAGUGUCCCUUAACCUCUGUGUCUAAUGAAAACAAAUUUCCCCUUAAUGUGUUAAUAAUAUUAACUUAACAUGUUCACUUGGUCAAUCUACCAAAUCAUGUCACUACAGCCAAAGUGAUACAAACAGACUCAUGAGAAAAAGUCAAUUCAAACCAAUUUUGUUUUUUUAGAAAAGAUGACAGAAAAUUGUUCUUGAUUGUUUAGCAGUGCACUGGGGUGAUGUAAUGUUUAGACUAACUGGAUGAAAUAAAGGUGAUGAAAUCUU